UUUUUUUUUGUGCCCUUGUGCUGGCGCCUUUGCUGUAAAAAAAAUGGGGCCGUAUUCUUAAUUAAACAUUUCUGCGCCCAGGCACACUCAUUUGACAACCAUACGAACUAAAUUUAGCCUCAAGGAGAGUGUUUUCUGGCAAAGAUUAUGAGCGAAAGACAAGUUUAACCUCUGUGAUAGUUUCUCCAAUAAGGACGAAAACUUAUGGAAUCAAUUCGCUCACAUAUGGAACAAACGCGAUCACCUGUAGAAUCAAUUUGAUCAUUGUUUUUAUUCCUGAUUAUCCUCCUGCUUCUCAUAUCACUUGCCAUUUAGGAAGCAAGAAGACCUUUGUAAUAGUUUUUCCAAGAUAGGCGAAAACUUAUGAAAUCAAUUCGUUCACCUGUAAAACUCAAUCGAUCACCUGUAGAACUAACUUGAUCACUGUUUAUAUCUUCCGAGUAUCCUCCUGCUUGUCAAUAUCCCUUGCCAUAAAGAAAGAAUGAGCACUAUGUCAAGAUUAAUUGCUUUUAGGUUCGUAUUUUCAUAGGAGCACAAAUCAGACCCACCCUGCUGCCCUCUAGCGGCGGGGCGGCGAGGCGAGGAUAUAAACACACGCCGGAGCGCCGGGAGGUGACCUACCGCGGGGCGGUGGUUUUGGGGGAGAUGAAGGCGAGGAGGAGCUGCCUGAAGGGCGUCUGCCUCCCCGCCGCGCCUUUGUCCCCCGGCGCCAAGGGUCUGCGCGCCUAAGUGGGUCAGCAGGUCACAAGCACUGUCCCGUAGGCCUCACCUGGCGGGCACACAGAUGAUGAUCAAAGUGGUGCUGCUGGCCCUGGUGAGCGUGGCGUGCGCGGCCUCAGUGGAGAAGCGGCAAGGCGCCCCCGUGGCCCAGGCGAGGGACGGCGCCUCACACGGUUCACAUGGCGGCCACUCAAGCGGCGGCGGCGGCGGCGGCUCAUCCUACGCAGCCCCCGCCCCCUCCACCUACGAGGAGGGCGGCUCCCAGGGCAACCUCUACUACUAUUAUUACCCCGUGUCCGAGUAUGGCUCCACCACUGACGUAGCCGAGGGAGGCUUCGACGUGUUCGCCGCCGUCAUCCUGCCGCUGCUGAUCAUCGGCGGAGUCCUGCUCAUCCUGUCCUCCCUCACCUUCACCCUCACCAACGGCAGGGCGAUGUCCACCGAGGCGCGGGAGGAGUCCGUCAUGGAACAGCUGCAUGACGAGAUCGAGCGAGUCUUCUACAUCUACCUCAACGCCUUCGAAAGCGAGCAGUGCAUCCAGCGGACCAUCUGCCAGCUGGGCACCUACGCCAAGGACUUCAAGGGCAAGAACUUCGUCCUCAGCCUUGUAGAGACCAUGGUGCCGGAGGGAAUGAAGAACAACGUUGCCAUCUUCGCGAAGGCCGCCAAGUCCGGCUACGACACAGGUAAAUGCAAGCAGUUCAGGUGUGUCGCCCCGAAGCUCCUCGACAAUUGAACGUGACCAGACCCUCCCACGGACCCCACCGAGCCCCCGACGCCCCGACAUGACCCGACAGCGGACUGACGACAUGGACCGACUUUUGCUUCGUUGUGGAGGCAAAGAAACCGAGGUGUUGCCUUAGUGUCACGUUGCACAGAUGCGGACAAAGAUGCUGAUCCGUCUGUGUCUAAACGCUGUGAUUCGGUUGAUCCUUUUUCCUCUCUCCUUUCCACACCUCUUUUCUCUCUGUUACAGCUUCCGACCACUUGCUCUCUUGUCAAACUUGUCUUGCGUGAAGGGAUCGAAUCUCUUCCCCUGCCAGGUCAUCCAAUUCUCCUUUCUCUCUCUCUGAUGAGCUUCCGUUCUAUCACUUCCGUAUGUGACUCGUCUUGCGUGAAGGGUGUGAAUCUCUUCCCCUGCCAGGUCAUCCAAUUCUCCUUUCUCUCUCGCAAAUGAGCUUCCGUUCAAUCGCUUCCGUAUGUGACUUGUCUUGUGUGAAGGGUUUGAAUCUCUUCCCCUGCCAGGCCAUCCCAUUCUCCUUAUCCUGCGUGAAAAGUUGAAUCACAUCGAGUUUAGUGAAGAAAGGAUUGAUAGUUUUGUCCGCAUUUGUACUUGUUAGCAGACGCCUGCGUGCCGCCCUCCGUGUGUGUUUGUGUGUGUGUUACCGCACGUGGGCGUCUGUGUGGCUGGUUAGUGUGUGUUCCUUACUGCGGAGCGUCGUGUUGAAGGCUCCCGCUGCCGCCUCUCAGCUGCUGGUCAGCCUCGGCGUGCAGCAAACGUAUUAUUAUUAUUAUUACCAUUAUUAUUACUUUUAGGUAUUUAUCUCCUUAAUUUAAAUCAUUCCUGUCCCCUUUCCCCUUUCCUUCCUCACUCCCUCCACCUACCUACCCGUUUUGUAUUGUAUAUUAUUAUGGAUAGUAUUUAUUUAUUAUUUUUAUGCUGUCAUGUGUCUGACUCGAGUGGCCGCCGAUCUUAUAGGAAAAAAAACAAAAGAGUUGAUUCAAUUGGACGCUGAUGCCUUUACAUGUCUCAGGGUUUUGUUUUUCUCGUGUUUGGCUCGCGAAAUUUGGUGUUUGUUUUAUUGUUUUGUUUUUUUAUUAUGUUCAUUUGCAAACGGACGUCCACUGUUCAUGAUGGCGCCGCGCUGUGCUCUGGUCUGUGUCGAUCGAUGUUUGUGUCUCUGUUUGUGUCUGUCUCUAGUUUCGUACACCGUUGCCAAAUUAUUGUACUCAGAGCAUAGUAUUUACCGGUUUCUGACGCCUAACUAUUGCCAAGAAACAUCAGGAUCUAACUCUAUUAACGAUAACUAUAAAUGAGUUUCGUUAUUAGAGCCCAGAAGACAGUUUAGGGGUAGGAAGUCGGGAAAUAUAAGCGGCUGAGUACAACAAUCUGGCACCGUUGGUUUCGUAUGUGUCCCCGCCGCCGCGUCAGGCCCCGAGGCGCGUCCUUUCUCUCAGUGCCAUGAUCCUUCACGCUGUUUGGAAAUAGAAAACUUACAACAAA